AUGAGUGGAAGAAGGAAUCGAAAUCAAGCUGAAGGCGGCGGCGGCUGCUGUAACGCUGCGGGUGGCCUGAGCUCGGAUGACAAGGAAGUCCCAGUGGAAUGUCUCAUCUGUGCUGACCCGUGCCGUGCGCUCUGCGUGUUCCAGUGCGGACACUACACAUGCUACAGCUGUGGCUUGCGCAUCCACAGCGUGAACAAGGGCAGCUGCCCGGUUUGCCGAAAGGAGGCGACCGAGAUGCCGAUCAUUACGCAGAAGGUGAGUCGCGAGGAGGAGCAGUUCUCCGCUGAGGAGGUGGCGAGUAUGCGGCGGGUCGUCACGACUGAUCAUUACCUGCGCUGCGUCAUUGAUUCUCCACAGCUCGCGUGCGAGAUGGCGAAGCUGUACGAGUAUACUUGCCCUAUCGAGAGCUGCUGGUGCCAGGGAUACCAAGAUCCGUUUCUCAAAAUCAACAUGCUCAAGGAUCACUUGUGGGUCGAUCACGAGCUCGUGUAUUGUGAAGUGUGUCUCCAGCACAGACCUGCCUUCUUGUGCGAGCAAGUGGCCUACUCUAGUACUGCCCUGCAGCACCACAUGGAGGGGCGGUGCCGACAUGACCGGUCGUCGUUCACAGGCCACCCACCGUGUCGCUUCUGCAAGCGCACGAACCGGUUCUACGAUGGUGAAUCGCUGCUGAAGCACAUGCAGCAGCAGCACUACACGUGUGAUGUGUGCAAUCGAGGUCAGUUCACCUUUACCUUUUACGCCAGUCGCCAAAAGCUUGACCAGCACUUUCAGAUGUGCCACAAGAUAUGCGACCAUCCCGACUGUGCGUCGCUUGAUUUGAUGAUGCGUGUGUUCGGCAACGAGAUUGACCUGAUGGUGCACAAGCAGCGCGUCCAUGGCGUCAAGGCGAAGGUGACGUUCUCGCCAGCCAUGUUCGGCGAAGCAUCAAGCGCGCCAGCGGGCAGCGGCUCUACCGGCACCGCGCCGGCGACGGCGUCGAACGCAAACGUGAUUCAGAUUACGUUUGAUCACAUUUUCCGCGUAGAGACGGUGGCUAUGAUGCCAACCAAGGAGAACUGUCACGGUGGCGGUCGCCAUGGAGGUGGUGGUGGUGGCCAACGGAGCGUAGAUACAGUGCACGCCCCGGAGGAGAACGGCAUUCCGUUGUACUACUUGCACAGCGACACCUUACCGAUCCUCACCCGCCCUGUUGCAAGCGACGCCGGCACAGCAAGCAUCUCAGCGCGCUCCGGUGGGGCGUGGAGAAACGACACGAGAAGUGACCCCUCCUUCUCCGCCUUCGCCAUCGCUGAGGAUAUGCGCAACUACAACGUUAGGAACAAGCUCCCGACGGAUAGGAAGCAGCUUGAGCAGCGCCUGAACGACAUGCUGAGCAAACACUUGCGCUCGCCAGUCGCCUACGCACAGUUCCGCAGCUACACUCGGGAUUUCAUGGAAUCAGCAAUGCUGACCUCCAAGUAUUACGACGUGCUCGCGAGAGAGUGCUUUCCUAACCCACAGGUGUUUCAUGGCGUGUUCCCGUUGAUUGUAGCGACCGUGCCAGUGGCGGCGAAGCAGGCAGCCUUGCAGGAGGUGCAUAAGAUGCGCAUGGCCCCUGAGAUGCAGCGCAUUGCUCGGGCUCGCGAGGAGGACGCGCGGAAAGAGGCAGAGGCACGCACAGCUGCGGCAUCUGCCGAGGAGGUGCGGAACUGCAAAGCUGAAAAGAACAACAGCAACAAUAAUGGCGGCAACAAGAAAAGCGCGCCAGCAGGUGCGCCGUCUCCCUUUGGAAGGAAGAACGCCAAGGGAGAGGGAGGCCGGCAGAAUGCAUGGCUGACGACGGAUACGCGGUCCAAGUUCGGUGUCAGCAGCGCCGCGCCAGCACAACAUCAGGAUCCCUUUCUUAAUGCCAACGCCAUCUCACCAACGACGUUGGCGCCGUCUGCAGCGGCAUCCCUGAAGUCGAACUCGAACAGCGGCCCGCGCGCAUGGGGGUCUGCUACGGUCACCUCGUUGGGCCCGUCUUCCAUCACGCCUGCUGCAGCCUCGGCGCCAGUGUCUACAGCAGUCCAUGUGGGGGGAGGACUGGUCAUCAAUGAAGAGACGUUCCCGUCCUUACCGAACAACGGUAUUCGUCGUGACCCAAUCAGCAAGGCGCAGCGGGCAAAACCGAACGCGUGGUUUAAGCGGUAA